AUGGUCUGGGCAAACCAGACCUUCAACUCUGACUUCAUCCUGCUGGGAAUCUUCGACCACAGCCCCACGCACACCUUCCUCUUCUCGCUGGUCCUGGCCGUCUUCACUGUGGCCUGCGUGGGGAACUCGGCCAUGGUCCUGCUCAUCUACCGGGACGCCCAGCUGCACACGCCCAUGUACUUCCUCCUCAGCCAGCUCUCCCUCAUGGACCUGCUCCUCUUCUGCUCUUGCACCCUCAUGGCAGCUUCCUCCUGGAUUCUUGGCUCCCUUGAUGGUAUAAUUGUCAUCAUAGUUACAAUGUCCUUCCCAUACUGUGGAGGUCGGGAAAUACCCCACUUUUUCUGUGAUACCCCUGCCCUGCUCUCACUUUCAUGUGCUGACACCAGGAUAUUUGAAAAAUUGAUGUUUUCCUGCUGUGUGAUCAUGCUCGUCUUCCCCCUAGCAAUCAUCAUGGCUUCCUACACUCGUGUAAUCCUGGCUGUCAUCCGCAUGGCAUCCGGGGAGGGGCCCUACAAAGCUUUUGCCACCUGCUCCUCGCACCUCCUGGUGGUGGGCAUGUACUACGGAGCAGCGAUGUUCAUCUACAUGAGGCCCAUGUCUGCGCGGUCCCCCACCAGGGACAAGAUGGUGUCGGCCUUCUACACCAUCCUCAUGCCCAUGCUGAACCCCCUCAUCUACAGCCUGCGCAACAAAGAAGUGAGCAGAGCUUGGAUGAAGGUGCUGGGGAGGGGCAAAUCCUCAGAGCAGUUGGCCUAA